AUGUCAAGUACUGUACAGUUAGUUAUAUGAGCAUUGGGGACCAGAUUCUAUAGGGUGGGUUUCUACUCCAAAGCAUUCAAUUUUUUGUUUUUUAUUUUUUUUAUUUUACUCUAGAGUAGUAGGAGUGGUAGAGUGGUAGUGAGACAGUGAACAUGAGUAUGUGUGAGUGUUUCAACUUCGAUAGCCUGCCUAAUCAAGAUGAAUUUCCUUCUCUUUCAUCUUUUUCAAUUCUUCAUGACUAGUGAUCCUUAAUCCUUCAUCCUUCCUAAUUUGGGGUUUAAAAAACGAUUUGUUAUUAUUAUUAUCAUUAUUUUUUUGGUAGACGGAUUUUAGUACACGAACAAAUCUCAAUACACGAGCCUGUACAAGCCAACGUACGUAGUUGAGAACUUUAAAGGGAGUUCCCACCUCACCUUCAGCCUUCAACCCCUCCAGUUCCCCGCUUCUUCUGUGAUGUGUUGUUGAGUUGUGCUGUUUCAGUGGCUGAGGACCCCGCUUUCUCCACUUCGCUGAACAUUCUCUUUGCUAGUUUCUCGCAUGUUCCAAUCGAUACCCGAAGAAGUUGUUGCUGGAAGGAGCAUCUUCUCUCUGGCCGCCACCCGUGAAUUAUCCUUAAGUGCUAGCCAAGUGUUGCACUUUUUGUAACGUAGCUUUUGAGAGUGUGUGCAUCUGUGUGUCUUUUGUUUGUUAGAGCUUUGCUAAGGUUUUAGCUAGAUUUUUGGUUUGUUCCUGUCGGCAGUUUUGCUUGUACCUCGAACGAUAUUCUUAUCUACAUGCCUGGUGGACCGAAGAAUGUUGCACUGAGUGGACUUUGAGUGUUAGUCUUUACUCCCUCGAGGGCUGGAACUCUAGUGUUCGGUGUUCUUGGUUGGUGUGCUGCAAGUAUAGCUCAGGGGUUUAGGUUUUUCUACAAUAUCUUAAGUUUUUUUGGGGGCACAGAAAUUCCUUACCUGGAUUUCCCGCCCCCGACAGUUUGGAUCGUCGGCCCUCCUUUUUGUAGGGGCUGGAGAUUUCUGAAACUGCUGCGAGGUUUCAUUGGAGUCUACUCGCGGACAGCUUAUUUGUACUGGGAAUCGUCUGUAUUUGAAGUUUUUUUUUCGAUACAGGUGGAGGGUCUUGAAACAGGCUACCUAGAGUCUCAUGUUACUACCCUUUACUCAUCCAUGAUUCUAUUGUUUUAGAAUCUACGUAGGCGCUCGCUUUUGGAUUCCAGUGACUGUUUACAUCAAGACAUCCUUUAUCUUUCCUAAAUGGAUUCAACCACGUGUGAAGUAGGAGGAUUGUGGCUGUUUGCUUUGCCUAUGCUCGCCAAACAAGGGAGAUCUUCUUUGGAAGAGGCUUUGGGAUGCACAAACUUCAGCAGCAUUCUUUGUAUUGUGGGUGUGAUAAGUGCUUGUGCCCUGUUGGUGUGCUGGGCUUCGCCUGGCGGCUCCUCGUGGGGCCGCUUGAGAUGUGUGAAAACCAUCCCAGGGCCCCGAGGGUUUCCUGUCAUCGGUUCACUGUUGGAGAUGGGAGGACUGGCCCACAGGCGCCUUGCUCAACUUGCUGUAACGUACAAAGCUACAGCAUUGAUGGCGUUGAGCUUAGGAGAAACGCGUGUGGUGAUUGCUAGCCAACCGGAUACCGCGCGCGAGAUUCUACAUAGUACGGCAUUCGCAGAUCGACCCCUGAAGCAGUCAGCCCAGCAGCUCUUGUUCGGGCGCGCUAUUGGGUUUGCUCCUUACGGAGGUUAUUGGCGUAACUUAAGACGAAUUGCGGCUAAUCAUUUGUUCGCUCCCAAGCGGAUUGCAGCUCAUGGGAAGACGCGUCUCGAUGAGUUAGCCCUCAUGCUCAAUGCCAUCCAGAGAGAAGUUGAGACUACAGGUCACGUGCUCAUUCGACCGCACUUGCAGAGAGCCUCUCUCAACAAUAUCAUGGGCAGUGUGUUUGGGCGUAGGUAUGACUUCGUCUUGGGUUCUGAGGAGGCGAAUGAGUUAGGGGCCCUUGUAAAAGAAGGAUUUGAACUACUGGGUGCGUUCAAUUUGGCCGAUCACCUGCCAGUUUUGAAGUGUCUCGACGCCCAGAAUAUUCUCCAGAGGUGCGCGGCUCUUGUUCCUCGAGUCACAGCGUUUGUGAAGAAGAUCAUUGAUGAACACCGGCAGAGGAGGGAUGUACGUGCUACCACUGGAGAGAGCUAUGAGGAGGACUUCGUGGAUGUCUUGCUCGGUCUCACCGGGGAGGAGAAGCUGUCCGAGGAAGACAUGAUCGCCGUGCUUUGGGAGAUGAUCUUCAGAGGGACUGAUACUACUGCCAUUCUCACGGAGUGGAUCAUGGCGGAAAUGGUGCUGAACCCUGAAAUUCAGUGCAAUGUCCAACGCGAGCUCGACUCUGCUUUCAGAAAGAAGAAUAUCACCGAUUUCACGUCAUUGGAAAGCGAGUUGUCCAGGUUGCCCUACCUCCAGGCCGUGAUUAAGGAAACCCUCCGACUUCACCCUCCUGGUCCGCUCCUCUCAUGGGCCAGACUCUCCACCCAGGAUGUUUGUAUCGCUGGGCAUCUAAUCCCUAAACACACCACCGCAAUGGUGAACAUGUGGGCAAUUACGCACGACCCGAAGUUGUGGGCUAACCCGAACGAAUUCAUUCCAGAGAGAUUUCUUCCUUCACAUGGCGGUCAGGACGUUGACGUUCGUGGAAACGACCUACGCCUGGCGCCUUUCGGCGCUGGCCGACGCGUCUGUCCGGGACGCGCGCUUGGAUUGGCCACAGUGCAACUUUGGGUAGCACAGUUAUUGUAUAACUUCAAAUGGACCGCAGUUCCAGGGUGCGAUGUUGACCUCACCGAGAUUUUGAAGUUGUCAUCCGAGAUGGUGAAGCCAUUGCAAUCUGUCGCUACUCGCCGCCUGGUAGAUCCGUCAAGCUAGCGAGCAUUGCAGCUAGGUAGAGGCAGGAAUGCAGCACAUCCUUGAGGCAGUAUGAGAUCGUGUUUCGAAUUCAGGUUGAAAUCGGAUUUCAAGGCGAUUUCAAGGCGAGAAUUUAAACUUAACGAAGACCCACAAUUCAAAAGCUAGUGAGUGUUUCGUGCGGAAUUAUAGAUGCGGACGGAAGGAUCCGACUAUAUACAAUUUUGAGUAAGAGUAUCGAGUGACACCAGUUUUGUAUAUUAUGGUCGGCGCUGUGUAAUGGAGGGAAGCGGUAAUAGAUUGCAUUCAUAAACCUUGAGUUUUUGAGAUAAAAAAUAGAGCUUUCCACAAUUUUGGAUCCUUUCAUUGGGCAGUCGAUCCUUACAUGGUACAUCAUAACCUUCAUUUUAUGAAUGCAACCUUCCGGCUUUACUUUUUUGAGUACUGUGUAAGCCGAUAGCGAUUAAUACAAAAGCCCAUUUCAUUCGGUUAUCUCA